CUGGAUGUACUGUGUAGAAUCUGUGGAGACAGGGCCUCAGGCUUUCAUUAUGGAGUCCAUUCCUGCGAGGGGUGUAAGGGUUUUUUCCGACGAACCCUAAAGAAAUCGUUGGUAUAUAAGCCGUGUCAAAUGGGGUCACAGUGUAAAAUAGAUAUGGGGUCGAGGAAUAAAUGUCAAUACUGUCGAUAUCAGAGAUGUCUUAAUGCUGGCAUGUCACAAGAUGCCGUGAGGUUUGGUCGGAUGCCAAAAGCUGAACGUGAAAAAUUGCUGGCU